CUCUUCUGAUCGACGGAUCAUCUGUCCAUCAUUCAAGAGAACAAAAAACAAAACAAAAAACAGAGUCGCAGAACUCGCUGUCUGUUGUGAUUUCUCCAGAUAGUGAAAUGGCAGAAGCCAGUAUCUCAUGGACUGAGGAUCAGUUCAGAUGUCCAGUGUGUCUGGAUCUGCUGAAGGAUCCAGUGACGAUUCCUUGUGGACACAGUUACUGCAUGUGCUGCAUCUCAGAGUGCUGGGAUCAAGACGAUCAGAAGGGAAUCUACAGCUGUCCUCAGUGCAGACAGACCUUCAGUCCAAGACCAGUUUUAUAUAAGAAUGUGGUGUUUGCUGAAAUGGCGGAGAAACUGAAGAAGACGAGACUUCAGGCUGCUUUUCCUGUGGUUCUUCACGCUGGAUCUGGAGAUGUUCAGUGUGACUCCUGCACUGGAAUUAAACAGAAAGCAGUGAAAUCAUGUCUGGAGUGUCUUAUCUCUUACUGUCAAACUCACCUUGAACAGCAUGAGAAUCUCUUCAGAGGUAAAAAACACAAUCUGAUGGACGCCACUGGACGACUCCAGGAGCUGAUCUGCACUCAACAUAAUAAAUUGCUGGAAAUUUACUGCCGUACCGACCAACAGUGUAUCUGCAUGCUGUGUUUGGUGGAUGAACACAAAAAUCACGACACUGUAUCAACUGCAGCAGAAAGAAGAGAGAAACAGAGACAUUUUGAGGAAACACAGAGAAAAUUCCAGAAACUGAUUCAUCAGAAAGAGAAAGAUCUUCAGGAGCUGAGAGAGGCUGUGGACUCUCAUCGGCGCUCGGCACAGACAGCAGUGGAGGACAGUGAGAGGGUCUUCACUGAACUCAUCUGCUCCAUUGAGAAACGUCGCUCUGAGGUGAUGAAGCUGAUCAGAGAUCAGGAAAGAGCUGCAGUGAGUCCAGCUGAAGAACAACUGGAGAGACUGAAGAAGGAGAUCGAUGAUCUGAAGAAGAAAGACACUGAGCUGAAGCAGCUUUCAGAAACACCAGAUCAUGUUCAUUUCCUCCAGAGUUGGCCAUCUGUCUCUCUCACUGGAUCUACAGACAGCUUCACAGUCAGUGCUCAUCUCUCUUUUGAUGAUGUAGUGAAAUCCGUCUCUCAACUCAGAGACAAACUGCAGCAGUUCUGCACAGAUGACAUACAGAAGAUAUCUAAAAUAGUGAAAAGCGUCCAGAUCAUUCUGACUCCUGAAUGUGAGACCAUAGAGGAGAUUCUACCCUACCCCACUCUCACCCCCGAAAUUACAGCUCCCACAAGCAUAUUUGAGGUGGGGGGGUCCAAACCCCCUGCCCCCGCCCACUUAACCUUAUUUGGGGAGGUAGGGGGGUCCCAACCCCCUGCCCCCGCCCACUUAAGCUUAUUUGGGGAGGUAGAGGGGUCCAAACCCCCUGCCCCCGCCCACUUAAGCUUAUUCGGGGGGGUGGGGGCCAAACCCCCUGCUCCCGCCCCUCAUGAGAGUCUCUUCAGUGGUAAAAAACACAAUCUGAUGGACGCCACUGGACGACUCCUUCAAGGAGAUGUCUAG